AUGCCUCCUCUCAGACGUAAGAAGAAGGGCGAAGACGACCUUUCAUCCGACACGUCUGUACAAUCCCACCCUCGUCCCACCACCACCACAACAAAACCGCUUGCACCUUCAAUCUCCUCCAACAUGCGCUCCAACCCCCUGGGAAAUAAGGCCACCCGCCCCAUAAACUCCAGAAACUCCCCUCCCCCGGACUCUUUUCUUUCCAAGUCUCCUACCAAACAAUUUCAACCUUCCAUCAUCCGUCAAAAUUCGAAACAGACUCCUAAACCUCUGAAUAGACCUAAUCUCAACAUGGCCGUGGUCACCCCUCAAUUGCCUUCUGAUAGACAUAUCAGUCCCUCUUCUCCCGUCUCUCCCGUCUCUCCUAUCGCCCAUGAGCUUAAUCAGAUCUCGAUAAGGGCCAUAACACCGCCGAGCCUACCAGAGUCCCGACUUGUCCGUCAUGAAGAAGCCAACGACGAUGUCACUCAGGCCAUUAUCCCUCAGACUCCUGGCACGGAGAUGAGACGUCGAAGAGCCGGUACCCGCAAGAUUUCACGUUUUGAAAAGGACCGUCUGAUAGAGAACAUCAGAUACGAAGUGGAACGACGUGCCAAAGCACUGAGGCAGCGAUAUACCCUUCAAGCAGAAAUGCUUCGCCAAGGUAUUGAGCUUCGUGUGGGUAGAAUCCCUUACAAAAUGCGCAACAUGAAAAUGGGCGAUCUAUACGACCAAGCCGUCGCCGCUGCCGAACAAAAGAUGGAAGUUGAAGCCAAGCAGGCCGUCAAGGAAAUUGAAGACGUUCGUCGUUUAAGCAAUCCUCAACGACCGAUUUCGCCUCUCAGGGUAGCUAAGAAACGUGCCCUGUCUCCGGUGAAGUCUUCAGAACCAAUAAGAGCCGUAGCUCGCCCACCGUCGCCUAUCAAAUCAUCCUCUCCACCACGUGCAAUUGCUCCAAAAUCAACCAUCAAACUCAUCCCUCGAACAUCUCCCACUCAAUUUUUCAACGCCCCAUUCCCCACAUCGUCACCUGUCAAGACCGUACCUUCUUCAAAAUCGAUGCCCACUCUCAAAAACAAACUUGCUGCGGCCGGCAAACCUAUUGGCCCUGGGGUUGCUACGCCGGGCCUCCGAACGGUUGCGUCCACAAUAACAAGGACCCCUGGAUCAGCUGUUCCUACUAUGAAGCCACUCGUCGCUAUUGCCAAGCCCAAGAUAGUAAAAGGGAAAACACCAGCCACCAGCUCAACAACAAAUCCUGGAGGUGCCACCCCGAUAACUAAAAAGUCAUCUGGAAGAUCGUUAAGAUCGCGAAAGUGA